AUGCGCUGCUCCCUCCUCACCCUUCUUGGCCUUGCCGCCGUCCCGGCCCUUGGAGGCUGUCCCUUCGCACACACUGCGAAUAUGGAUAUUGAUGACAUGGUGAAGGCACACGCUCACAUGUCUCGAGGGUUGGUGGCAUCCAAGAGCAGCCCCUCAACUGUUCCUACCUCCUCUACUACCCCUACCGUCGGCAAGAAGGGCGUGUUCAUGAUGAACCGCAUUGCUCCUGGCACCUCUGAACUAUACAUUGCCAACACGGACGGCAGCAAUGAGCGUCCACUGCUCUCUGACCCCGUCUUCGAGUACCACGCCUCCUUCUCUCCCGACGGAGAAUGGAUUACUUUCACCAGCGAGCGCAACGGCGACGGUAACUCUGACAUCUACCGGGUGCGGACCAACGGCUCUGAUCUGCAGGAGCUGGUCGCCACCCCGGCAGUGGAAGACUCCGUCGUGAUCUCUCCCAACGGCCGUCUGGCAGCCUAUGUCUCCACCGCCAACAACAUGAAGGCAAACAUCUGGGUCCUCGACCUGCAGACCGGCGCGCAGUGGAACCUCACCAAUACCCCCAGCACUGCCGCCAACUCCUCCCUCAUGGAGAGCUAUCUCCGCCCUGCCUGGUCCCCCGAUGGCGAAUGGAUCGCCUUCUCUUCGGAUCGCAACACCCAAUGGGACGGACACGGCGUGCCGACCUUCCUCGGCCGCACGGGCUGGGAGACGACACAAGAGCUCUCCCUUUACGCCAUCCGUCCCAACGGCUCCGACUUCCGCCAGAUCAUCUCCAAGCCAUACUACUCGCUGGGAUCUCCCAAGUGGUCCGCCGACGGUAAACGCAUCGUCUACUACGAAAUGACCCGGGAAGAUACCUACAACGCCCACCGUCCGGAAACCAUCACCACGGCCAACUCAACCAUCAUGUCGGUCGAUUUCGCUACCGGCACCGAUGUGCGUGUUGAAGUCGCCGGCUCGGGCGUCAAGCAAUUCCCGCAGUACCUAGAUAAGAACGGCACCAUCGCCUACACCCUCAAGGGCGGCACCAGCGAGGGCUUCUACACCACCGCAGGACUGUACGUCAACACGACCUCAGGGACCCUCCGGUCCCCGGCCUGGUCCCCGGAUGGCAAGCAAGUAGUCUACGAAAAGACCACCUGGAGCAUCCGCGCGGGGUACAAGAAACUCUACAGCUGGGACAGCGACUGGGACUAUCGGUUCACGGACGUCUUCCCCCAGAUCUCGCACCAGGAGCGCAUCGCCAUCACACAGAAACAGCUGGGAAACUCGUCCAUCGUCACGCUGAACACGACUGGUUCUGACCUGCAACUCGUCUACGAUCCCAGCACGGCAGACUUUGUCAGCGACAACGAAACCACAGGUCUGAGCGCCUACCAGCCCAGUUGGUCCCCCUGCGGCGAGUGGCUUGUCUUCGGCGUGGGAUUUUGGUUCGAGACUCGAGAAGCCUCCGGCGGAUGGAUCGUGCGGGCCACCGCCAACGGAAGCUACUCCGAGGUUCUCGUAAACAGCAGCUACUCUAUCACCGAGGACGGGGCCCUGAACAAUGGAUUCCCGAGCUUCUCACCGGACGGCAAGAAAGUAGUGUAUCGGGUAUGGGGAGCCGACACCGCGACAUACGGCAACGCCAGCGAGAUCGGGUUACGGGUACUGGAUCUCGAGACGCGGAAUACAACCGUGCUGACAACUGAGUGGGAUAAUCUGCCCCAGUUCUCUCCUGAUGGAGAGCUCAUCCUGUUUACGCGCAAGACUAGCACCUACAAUUACGAUGUGUGCACCAUUCGACCGGAUGGGACAGAUCUGCGCGUGUUGACGAGCAGUGGUGCCAACGAUGCGCAUGCGGUGUGGUCGCAGGAUGGACGGAUUAUGUGGUCUACCGGCAUGUAUGGGUUCAGGUUCGAGUGUGCCUUGUAUGAUGAUACGUUCCAGCCGUAUGGACAGAUUAUGAUUAUGGAUAAGGAUGGGGAAAACAAGAAGUUGAUGACGAACUCGAUGUGGGAGGACUCGAUGCCGUUGUUUUUGCCGAGGGAUGUGCUUUAG